AUGAAAUCUCUCGAAAAUGAAGGAACGUCGUCAGCUCCCUGUGCUGAGCAGCGAAUUUUCUUGAACAGCGUGGAUAGAAUUUCAUCCGGAAUUCCCGAUUCAUUUGAUCUCGGCACGGUCCCUGUCGAGUUGACAUGCAUCGCCUCUUCUUCGAACUACAUAGUCAUUGGUGCUGGCUGUGGAGCGCUGUUUAUUUACAACAAAAAACUCAGCAAACUCUUGAGGCCACUUCGCACGAACAGCCUCGAGGCGGUCACAUGUAUUCAUCUUCUCGAUGAUUUCGUUGCCAUUGGUCAUAACACGGGAACUUUAAUAGUUAUCCGAUUGCCAAAAGAUCGUGAAGGAGCGACCACAUUCGCUCAAUGCAUCGACUCAGAUAGCCACCGCCGCUCACCUAUAACAUGUGUCGAAUGGAGUUCUGAUGCUAAAAAGGUGGUUUCUGGCGAUGCUUCUGGAACAGUGAUAAUUUCUACGGUGAUGUUUGAGACGGGUGAUUUUCAUCAUAGUUUUCUCUUCGGUGGGCCGAAUUCCGUGGCCGCAUUGGAGUUU